UCAUACCUAAUAACCUAGCUAACCAAAGCUUACGCCUUUGCCAUUGCAGUUAUCACCAGCCCACCAAUGGCUUCCACCUCGAGCCUCCCUGCAAUGGCCCUUGUCGUGGCACUCAUGCUAGUCCAAGGCAGCGGCACAUGCCACGCGGCUCGCCGGCUUGCCGACGCCACGAUGCCCGCCGCAGCACCGGCAGCUGCCAUCCCGGCCGUGCCGAAGCCGACGGUGCCAGCAGUUCCCACCGUGCCACAGAUCCCUGCCGUAUCCUCGGUCACCGUGCCACCGAUGCCAGCGGUGCCGACCGUGCCGGCGGUGACCGUGCCAACGGUGCCCGCAGUGCCAGCCAUGCCGGGCGCCGCGCUUCCACCGGUUCCCACCGUCGUCAUGCCUGCCGUGCCCAAGGUGACGUUGCCGUUGAUGCCGGCGGUCCCUGGCAUCCCGAAGGUGACGCUGCCGUCGAUGCCGUCCAUGUUCAUCCUCGGCGUGCCAACAAUCCCCUUCCUCGCACCACCACCCAAGGCCUAAGCAAGCCAUGUAAAUCAUGGACGUAUGCAGAUGCAGACAUCGUGCUCUUCAGUUCGGCACACAGGCCAGCCAGAUGGUUGUCUUCAGUUGUCAAUCGGUGUUCCUUUUUUUGUGAUGAUUUCAUCCAUAUUCUUGUGUAAAGUUUGAAUGUUAAUUUUGUAACUCUGUAUGUAUGCACAUAUUUGUGUAUAUGGUAUAUGUAUGAUUUUACCUUUUUUAACCAAUAUGAUUUUAUUUUGACCUCUGAGAGAA